AUGGCCAGUCGAAAGCCCAGUGCGUCGAUUCUAGUUCCACGCGACCAUCCUGAAAUUGAGAUUGAAGAAGAAGAAUUUCCGCCCGACGACGCUCGCGCCAUGAGUCCACGUCGCAACUCUGCAGAUUUGGAGCGCUUGGGCAAGGAGGCAAGACAGACUUUGCAGGAGCAAGCAAAAGCGCUCCAGUCUUCUCUCCAAGCCCUUGCCGAACGUAUCGAGGCAGUUAAAUCAGACCACGACAAACUCGAGAGCGAGAACAAAUUCCUACAGGACUAUAUCGGCGGAUUGACUCGCAAUAUGACUAAGAGCGAAUUGACUCGAUCGAGUACGAAAUCCAAAAGAUCGCAUAAAUAG